UACAGCACAAAGCUCACACACAGAUCACAUUCAGCAUGUCCGUGUGUCCUCUCCGGGCUCAUAUCUGUGUGUGAUGUUUUUUAAGGAGGUCUCCGGGGUGGAAAUAAACCUGUCUGGAUGAGUUUAACGAAGAGGCGAUCUACUGGAUGAAGAGGAGGAGCCGCCAAAACAAGCAAAACGUUGCAAACAAACACUCGGAGACAAACGGACAGUUACAUUUACUAACUUAUUAAACAUGAGACGCUUCGUUUGGCGCAAUAUAAACACACCACGGUGCUAGAUGCUGGUUGCGAAGGCAGAGCGUAAUGCAGAAGGGGCUCGUCCGGAGUCAGAAUGAGUGUCAACGAUGGCGACGGGACGACUAGCCAAGAUGGAAAGGUCUACGAGCUUCAGAUUUACCCGCGGCUCUCUCUGGAGGCAGCAUCAUGCUGCACACUCAGAGUCACUAAAGAUGCCACCGCAGCGAGUGUCAUCCAGGACGCGGCAUCAGUGCUUGGACUGGAUGUCAGCAAACGGUACGUCCUGGCUGAGGUGAAGGAGUGCGGUGGGGAGGAGUGGGUGCUGGAGUCUACAGACCUCCCAGUGCAUCGAGUCCUGCUGUGGCCGAGAAAAGCCCAGGAACAGCAUUCCCAGAAAGAGGGAUUUUACUUUCUUCUCCAGGAACGCAACCGCGAUGGCUCAAUCCGCUACGUGCAUCUUCCUGCGAUCGGGAGUGAGCAGGAGUCCAAGCGAAUGGUUGCUCGUGGGUUCCUCCCACCCCAACAGGAGGACUUCGAGGAUCUGUGCAACCUUCCGGCGCUCCAUGAGGACAGCAUCUUGAAUAAUCUCCGCAUUCGCUUUCAGAAGAAGAAGAUUUACACUUACGCUGGGAGUAUUCUCGUGGCCAUUAACCCCUUUAAGUUCUUGCCCAUUUACAACCCUAAAUAUGUCAAGAUGUAUGAGAACCACCAGUUGGGCAAGCUGGAGCCUCAUAUUUUCGCCAUUGCUGAUGUGGCCUACUAUGCCAUGCUGCGCAAGCACGUCAACCAGUGUAUUGUGAUCUCAGGGGAGAGUGGAUCUGGCAAAACGCAAAGCACUAACUUCCUCAUCCACUGCCUGACGGCACUCAGCCAGAAGGGUUAUGCCAGCGGCGUGGAGCGAACUAUCUUGGGUGCUGGACCUGUGCUAGAGGCAUUUGGUAAUGCUAAAACGGCCCACAACAACAACUCCAGCCGCUUCGGGAAGUUCAUCCAGGUCAACUAUCUGGAAAGUGGAGUCGUGCGCGGGGCCGUGGUGGAGAAAUACCUGCUGGAGAAAUCCAGACUGGUGUCCAGAGAGAAGAACGAGAGGAACUAUCACGUGUUUUAUUAUCUGCUGGUCGGCGCAUCGGAGGAAGAGCGGCGGGAGUUCAAGCUCCUGCAGCCAGAAGAAUAUUUCUACCUCAAACAGCAAAACUUUACAAUAGAAGAUGCCGAUGAUUUACGGCACGACUUCGAGCGGCUCCAGCAGGCGAUGGAGAUGGUCGGCUUCCUACCGGCCACCAAAAGACAGAUAUUCUCUGUCCUGUCAGCCAUCUUGUAUCUGGGUAACGUGACGUACAGUCAGAAGUCGUCCGGUAGAGAAGAAGGUCUGGACGUUGGGCCUCCAGAGGUGCUUUCUACACUUUCAGAACUGCUUAAGGUUAAAGAGGAGCUCUUAGUGGAGGCUUUGACCAAGAGGAAAACGGUAACCGCAAACGACAAGCUGAUUCUGCCUUACAGCCACAGCGAGGCGAUCACUGCGCGAGACUCCAUGGCCAAGUCGUUGUACAGUGCCCUGUUUGACUGGAUCGUCCUGCGAAUCAAUCAUGCGCUGCUGAAUAAAAAAGACAUGGAGGAGUCUGUUUCGUGUUUGUCUAUCGGUGUGCUUGACAUCUUCGGCUUCGAAGACUUCGAGACCAACAGCUUUGAACAGUUUUGCAUCAACUACGCCAAUGAGCAGCUUCAGUAUUACUUCAACCAGCACAUUUUUAAACUUGAACAGGAGGAGUAUCAGUCUGAAGGAAUCACCUGGCACAACAUCGACUACACUGAUAAUGUUGGAUGUAUUCACCUCAUUAGCAAAAAGCCCACUGGACUUCUCUAUUUACUCGAUGAGGAGAGCAACUUUCCUCAUGCCACUGAUAAAACCUUGCUGGCCAAGUUCAAGCAGCAGCACCAACAGAACCAUUACUUUGUGCCGACUCCAGUGAUGGAACCGGCAUUCGUCAUCCUCCAUUUUGCUGGGAAGGUCAAAUACCAGAUUAAGGAUUUCCGUGAGAAAAACACUGAUCACAUGCGUCCGGAUAUCGUGGCUCUCUUGCGGAGCAGUGACCGGUUUUAUGUCCGCCAGUUGAUUGGGAUGGACCCGGUGGCCAUGUUUCGAUGGGGGAUCCUCCGAGCCACUGUUCGUGCUCUGGCUGCUUUCAAUGAGGCCGGUCGGCGCUGGGCAGCCAAGACUGCGGGUGUGGUCAGGCCAAACUCCAGAGUUCCACUUGGAGAGCUGCAGAGGUCCAACGUGCCCAUCGAGCGAAUGUACCGCCACGCUCCUAUGCUUGAUUUCUCCUUUGAUCAUUCAGAGGAGCGCCCUCUAGAGGUUUUUGAGGACAUCUUUGCUAGUUAUGAGAAUAAAAAGGACAUGCAUGCACAAAUCAUCAACUCCAUUAAGGACUUGCAGUUGGAUGGAGAAGAUCCACGUAAGCUGCUGCAGUCCUGGGGUCGCCUUCGGUUCCCGCGUCAUGCCCUCCAGAAAGGCAAGAAUCCCAAGACCAAGCAACUCAUUCCCAAGAACCUGCUGGACUCCCGUUCUCUGAAGUUCAUAGUGGGCCUCCACGACCGAACCACCAAGUCUUUGCUUCAUCUACACAAGAAGAAACGUCCUCCCAGCAUCAGUGCCCAGUUUCAAACAUCUCUUAGUAAGCUUCUGGAAACGCUGGGGAAGGCAGAACCAUUUUUCAUACGAUGCCUCCGUUCCAAUGCCGAGAAGAAGGAAAUGUGUUUUGAUGAGGCACUCAUUGUGCAGCAACUGCGGUACACAGGCAUGCUGGAAACAGUGCGGAUUAGACGGUCAGGUUAUGGAGCUAAAUACACCUUUCAGGAGUUUACUGAACAGUUUCGUGUGUUGCUGCCAAAGAAUGCUGCAUCCCUGGAGGAUAUAUCAUCUCUGUUGCUCAGGCUUGGCUUUGACCACACUACCUACCAAAUUGGAAAAACCAAGGUGUAUCUCAAAGAGCUCGAAAGGCAAAAGCUUCAGGACAUCUUGCACAAGGAUGUCAUGUGCAAAAUUAUUUUCUUGCAACGCUGGUUUAGAUCGAAAUUAGAGAGGAGGGAGUUUAUGCGAAUGAGAGAGGCAGCCAUCUUGAUCCAGCGCUCAUGGCAUAGGUUCCGCAAGGAGAGGUUCUACCAAGCGGCGCUUCUGAUUCAGACCGCAUGGCGAGGAUCCAAACAAAAAGCUCAAUAUCAGAAAACACGAGGCUCCAUCACAAAGAUUCAGGCACUUGCUAAAGGGCAUUUGGCUCGCAAACGGUACUAUUUCCUAAAGGAAGAAAAAAGGAAGAUAGAGGAAGAGGAAGCUCGGAGGAAGAAAGUGGAGGAGGAGGAAGCAGCUCGGCGAGCUAAAGAAGCUGAAGAGGCUGCUAGACGAGCUAAAGAAGCCGAGGAGGCAGCAAGAAAGCUCAAAGAGGAAGAAGAAAGAGCCAGGGAAGCCAGAGAGAGAGAGGAAGCAGUCAGAAAGCAGAAAGAGCAAGAGAAAAGGGCUGCUCAGCUUGCGUUUGAGGCUGAACAGCAAGAGAAGGAGAAGCCACUACAACAACCAGAAGUACCAACAUCAGGAAAGCAUCCUGACCAAGACAAGACACUAGUGCUGGAUCACAAUAAAGUUCCUGUCGGUGUAGAAAUUGAAGGUAAAAGCAAGGCCAAUCUGGACGACGUGUCUGUGUCAAAAGUCCAGAACCGUGCUGAGAAAGUUCCUCAAGUAGAGGCUGGUCCUCAACCUGAGGUCAAGGAGCAAGAGAAGCAAAGUGAGAAUGAAUCUAUCACUCCUCCCAGAGAUGAAAAUACUCAAGCUAAACCUAUGACUCCGGAAACUCCAACUGGGCAAGGCCAAAACCGGACUCCUUCGAUCUCCAAACUUCCACCAUCGAGAAGUCUGGAGAAACGGGAGCUUAGGAGACAACGUGGCCUAGAGCACAACCAGAGAGAAAGUGAACGAGCAGCUUCAGUUGGAAAAGAGGAAACAACCUUGAAAAGCAAAACUCUUGAUAGUCCUGUAAAAGCAGACAACAAGUUGAAGGAGAGGUCUGAUAGCAAAACCCUUGAUAGUCCUGGAAAAGCAGACAACAAGUUGAAGGAGCGGUCGGAUAGCAAAGAGUUGGAUCAGUACACCUUUGUAGCUUGGAAAGGAGACAAGAACAAGAAGGAUCCUAAGGAUGCCCCACAGGAACUUGUCCGACCCACUACCUUACCCUUAGAUAUCCCUUCUCCGGGGAUCAGAAGAAAUGGCUGUAGUGACCCUGCAAUUGCAUCUCAACCUGUGAUUUCCAAAGAAGAAGCCAGCAAGAGGAAGGAACCAUUGAGAAGCAACACUCAGCCAGAAAACCUCAUAGUGGGACCUCGUAGUUUGGAGGAUAAGAACAUUAAAACUCUUCAGAAUCGUGGGAUCUCUAUGUCACUUGAUGAUGUCUCCAAAAUAGGUGGUUCAUCACAGGGCAAAGCUCGGCAAAGACGUAAGCAGCGGCUCGGCCUUGCACGAAUAUGUGUCCCCGUUAUAAGUCUUGAAAUGGAGGACGCAGAGUACAUUCCUUUGGUCUCGUUAAGUCCACUUGAGACACAUUCCACCACUGAGGCUGGUCCUGACAGAUCGAAGGCCAACACGUUAAAGGAAAAAGUCCACGACACCCACAGUCUGCCAGAUGCCUCGCCUGUCCAGCCGUCAACACCAGAGAGGUCAACAGGGUUCUUCAGAAAGAUCCUGAAGAAGCGUCCUCAUAAAGAAGCCCAGACCCCAGAAGACGGAGACAUCAGCCUGGCAUCCAUUUUGGAUCAUAAAGAAGCCACUUCUCUGACACGCUCGCACAACUCAAAACCUCAGUCGGGCCGUCCCGGUCGCACGCCCAGCAUCAUGAUCAGUCACUCCACGAAUCGAGCCUCUGAACAGUGGAACGCAUCAUUAAACCGUGUUAUCACCAACGCCAAUGAGCUGCGCCAUCUUGACGAGUUUCUGGGCAAUCAGGUGAAUGACCUGCGCUCACGGGGAAAGCAGCUUUCAGGAACGGAGCAAAUCUUCAUUAAUGCAACUAUGCAGUUUCGAGAAAACAUCAAGGGGAUGUACUCCAUAUCUAAACCACAAAUUGGGUAUAAGGCUUUAAUGAAUUCCUACCAGAAUAAAGUGAUCAUUCUGGCCACAGAGAAGCAGAAGGGUGAAGUCCCACUGGUCGUCAAUCUCUUCCAGUCAGUUCUGGAUAUUUUCAUCCGAGCGGAAAUUAAAAAAGAAGAAGCCGAACCAGCCAAGCCCCCAAAAGGUCGUAAAAUGAGGAAGAAAAAGGGCAAAGGCUUGGAGAAUGCAUUGGACCAUGUGUUUACUCACUACCAAGUCAACAUCAUGCAGUCCUGUGAUCAGUGCACCUCCUACAUCUGGGGAAUGGAGAAAGCCUACAUGUGCAGCUAUUGUAAAAUGGUUUGCCAUAAGAAGUGCAUUUGUAAAAUCGUCACCGACUGCUCAACCUUCAGCUCCAAGAAAUGUGAUGAUGAGCCUGGAUCCAAUCACUUUGGUGUGCGCGUCUGCAACCUGGUCAACAAUAAAACUCCAGUGCCAAUUGUGCUGGAGAUAAUGCUGGAACAUGUGGAAAUGAACGGCCUGUACACUGAGGGCAUUUACAGAAAGUCCGGCUCUGCUAAUCGCAUGAAGGAGCUCCACCAGCUGCUGGAAGCAGGCCCAGAGAACGUGUGUCUGGAGGAUUACCCCAUCCAUGCUGUCACCGGUUUGGUCAAACAGUGGCUCAGGGAGUUGCCCGAACCUCUCAUGACCUUUACGCACUACAACGACUUCCUCCAUGCCAUAGAAUUACCAGAGAAGCAAGAGCAAUUGCAAGCGAUAUACAGAGUUUUGGAGCAGCUGCCGACGGCCAACUUUAACACAUUGGAGAGGCUCAUUUUCCAUCUUGUCAGGGUUGCCAAGGAAGAGAAGAGCAAUCGGAUGACGCCAAACUCUCUGGCCAUUGUCUUUGCCCCAUGCAUUCUCCGUUGUCCGGAUAGCGCUGAUCCACUUAUGAGCAUGAAGGAUGUCGCCAAAACCACCACUUGUGUGGAGAUGCUACUUAUCGAACAAAUCCGGAGGUACAACGAGAAAAUGGAGGAGAUCGAGCAGCUGGAAUAUGCAGAGGCACUGGCUGUCAAUCAGCUCAAGCUGAAAAGGAAAAACACGUGCUGGCAUUUACCUCUCAGGUUUAUCACUCCUUACAAAGAAGUGGCGAUUCGGGAAAAGCCAUCUACUGACCUUUGUGUUGUACCUGAGAACGAGCCACUGGAUUCAGACACGGAGGCUGAGCGGAGCCUGGUGGAGCGGAUCAAGUCCAUCAAGCAGGAAAAAGAGGACCUCGCCUGCAGGUUACCUGAACUAGAUCAACCCGGUUCUGACCAGGAGAACCUCGAUUCAGAGGCAUCAGUCAGCUCUGAGAGCCUGUUAGAGGAGCGAGCUGUCUGUUCGGACACGGAAGGGCAAACAAUGCCAAGGUUAUCCUCGCCGACUUCCCUUCCUAUGCCAAUCCUCUUGGCCCCGGGAGGCACCACACGGGCUGAUGACAGCCCCUCUUCUGUUCCCUCACUGUCCUCUCCCAGGCUUCAGCUCCGGCGCCGCUAUCCUAUCAUCCCCGGGACGGUCAAGCUACCCCCAGGAGUCCUGUGCCACCCGGCUGUCCAGUCCCUCAAUCCCCGUAAGGCGCAGUCCCUCACCCUCGUCCAGCGGCGUGAGCAUCCCGGCCGCCGCAAAGACAGCAUCCAGUCCCUGUACAUCGCCGCAGGAACUGAGCUGCUCUUCCCGUCCACAUCAGCAGCCGCCUCCAGCACUCAGGAGCUCCAGACCUCCUCCAGACGCUUCUCAGACCCGGACAUUGCUUUCGUAAAGGAUUAAAUUGAAGCUGUCGGCUCUGGAAGGAAUAAUCGGUCUUGUUUUCCCGCAGUCAUUAAUUGAGGAUUGUCUCAACUAGCACUUUUUGUUUUCCAUACUAAUAAUAUAUUGGAUAUUUUUAAAACCUUUUUUUUAAGACUCGAAUUUGUGUUGCGUUCAGGCAUUGAUUCGUCAAUGUUUGAUGCUUUCUUUUUUUUUAAGUGUCAAGAAAAAUGUCUUGCACCUUUUUGUGUGUAUGUGUGUGUGUUUAACGAACAGGAAUCAGGCCUUUAUGAGGUUUUGUUGAUUUAUCUGAAUAACCAGGUUCUCCUUAAAGGGAUAGUCCACUCAAAAAGGAACAUUUACUCACCCUCAACUGCUUUCUUUAUUUUUGUUGAACAUUAAAGAAGAUAUUUUGAAGAAUGUUGGAAACCUGUAACCAUUGACUUCCAUAAUAGGAUCAACAAAUACUGUGGACGCCAGUGAUUAGAUUCCCAGCAUUCUUCAAAAUAUCUUUAUUUGUGUAACAGAAGAAACUCAAAUAACUUCUGAACAAGCGCAAUGUGAGUAAAUGAGGAAACUUUCAGUUUUUGGGUGAACUGUCUCUUUAAAUGGGCUUUUUAAGCUGUACACCCUCCUUUAUUCUCUGCACAAAAAACUCGUUUAUAAUGGAGGAGGGUGUUUGGGGUGGGAAGAUGCAGCACUAGACGUUUUCCCUCACAGACUGCCACAACCGAAUGCAAAUUUUCUUCCAGAAGAACUAUUAAGUGGAUGAGCGAUAUGACACUUUGGAUCUGCGUGGAUGUCUAUUGAGAAUAGCUUUUGUUGUAGGACUAAAUACGAUUAGUGGCCAAGCCAUUGUGUUUAAUACUAAAGUCAAGCGUUUGCGUCUGCUGUUGAAUGUUGAUUGGAGAGGAUGGAAACCGGAUGGAUAACUCGGAUGUAAAUGGUUUUUGCAUUAUGAGGACCGUAUGUGCCUAUUAGUAUCGCUGUAUUUGAGUCCUCAUUGAUGACUUUUUUUUGGAUUUAAUGGAGAAAUGGAACUAAUUAUUUUCUUACAAUACAAUUUGUACUGGCCGCAAA